CCCAAACUCCAUCGUCGGGACCCCGGAAUCCCAGAUCCAGAACGCGCCUCUGCCUCAGUGCCUCUCUCACACUUAGUCCAGGCUCCUCUCAUCGAGCUCCUGGUCGUCCGUCCAGCCACCGCCUGCUACCACCGCCGUCGGAACUUCGAACAGCCACCGCAUGCUCCCUCACUUCCCCUCCAUCACGCCGCAGCCAUCGCAACCUUCCUUCCCUUCCAUCGCACAGCCACCGUGCGAACGUGGAAGCCUCCGUCGCGCAGGUUCCCCACUUCUCCUCCUCCUCCCCAUUCAGAUACAGGUAUACAGCCCCCCACCCCCAAAACACAAACCCUAGGAUACUCUCCCACCGCCGCAAGGGUCUCACUCAACGCCGCCGUCCAUUGCGCUCAGACACCACCGUGUCUUCGUCCGGUCGUCUGCGGCUCCGCGCGUCUUCCUCGUUCAACAAUUGGUAUAGGAUGCAUCCAGAGAUAUGCAAAUCCUCUUCAGUCUUCUACAGAAUUUUUCAAGCUUAACCACUGAAAACAAAACACUGCCACCGAUUCAUUCAAUCGUCAAAUUUGUUCCUUUUUCUCAUUUCUGAAUUCUACAAUGCAAAGGGUAUCUUCAACAAUCUCAAGGACCAUAGUUAAUUUGUCCAAGGCCAGAAGCCCGUUUCUGCUUAAACGCCCUUUCUUUGCAGCAACUACCCAGAAAUCGCAGCAGCCGGAGAUUCUGGGAGAUUUCCGGAAAUGGGGUUCGGUUGGGUUUUGCAGGAUGUCGAAGUUCGCCAGUGGGUUCACUCCUUUGCAGCCAAAGCCCUUGGAUUCCAUUGUAGAUGUUGAAAGAUUGAAGGACCGCUACCCUGAUGAUAUUGCUUCUAUUUGGGAUGAUUAUCACUUGGGUAGAGGUCAUAUUGGAGCAUCCAUGAAAGCAAAACUUUAUAACCUGCUGGAGCAUAGAGCUUCAGAAUGCCGAUAUUUUGUGAUUCCUGUGUGGAGAGGAAGCGGUUAUACGACAAUGUUUGUUCAAGUGCAGAUGCCACACAUUCUUUUUACGGGUCUUGAAGAUUACAAGGCCAGGGGAACACAAGCAGCCCCCUACUUUACUGUGACCUUUUACAAAGAAUUUGCUGAGGCCAAGGACUUGGUGCUUAUCCGUGGGGAUGUUGUGUUUACCAGCAAGCUGACCGACUCUGAGGCAGAAUGGCUAAUAGAAACUGUUCAGUCUUUCUAUUUGAAUGAUGCGAGGUACAAACUUGUUGAGAGGUUCAACAAAGAAACACAUGAUUUUGAUUUUAAGGAUGUCUUGCAAGCGUUGAACAUGCCAAUUCUGUGACCACUUUUAAUUGGACAAAUACUAAAUUGCUGCAACAAGCAAAGAAGAAGGGUUGAUUGGAGCUAGGACAUUGAAGUUGCAAAUGAACCUGUUUAUCGAGAUGUCUGUCUGCAGCCUAUGGUGAAGGGAGACACAAAAUGGAAACGACUCAUGGAAAGGUUAGAGGAGAUAUUUCUUCAUUUUUUAUUUCUUAAAAUCUUGCAUUCAAAUACUUUUAUGUGUUUCCUUCUGGUGCAAGGAAGGAACUAGAAGUUAACUUUCAAUUAUAUAUAUCCCCAAAUGUAGUCUUGUUUCUUUCUUGCUUGCUGAAACAUUACUUACCCAGUUACCAAUAAAGUAUAAUGAAGGAUUUGUGAAACUAGAAAAACAUCAAUACUAUUUAUGAACA